GCGCGACACGGAGAACGGCUGCUGAUGGAUGCAUGGGAGAAAUAAAAUGAAGGCCAAGUGGAAACAAAAUGCAGUUUAAUUUGUUCUUUGGACUAAUGUUUCUCUUGUGUCUUUGGUCUUCUUCAUUCUCCUUUGCUUCAACCAGGAUGGAAGCAGUAGACGUAUCUUAGAUGGCUAGUUGCAGGCUUCUAAGAGCCUAGUUGCUACCCACAGGGACUCUGUUUUAUGCACUGCUGUUUCUCCAAACACCCAAAUGAUGCCUGGCACAUGUGUGUUAAAAACUAAAAAACCAAACCUGUUGCCGUCGAGUGAGUUCUGAUUCAUAACAACUCUAUACGACAGAGUACAGCUGCCCCAUAGGGUUUCCGAGGAGCAGCUGGUGGAUUCUAACUGCUGACCUUCUGGUUAGCAGCCAAGCUCUUUAACUCAUUAGUAUUUUGAUAUCAUUUACUUAAAAAAAAAAAAACCAAACCUGUUGCCAUCAAGUCAAUUCCGACUCAUAGCAACCCUAUAGGACAGAGUAGAACUGCCCUGUAGAGUUUCCAAGGAGUGCCUGGUAGAUUCAAACUGCUGACCUUUUAGUCAGCAGAUGUAGCUCUUAACUGCUACGCCACCAAGGUUUCCUUCAUUUACUUAGUCAUCCUAGUAUCUAUUAAGUACCUGUAACUGCUACGCCACCAGGGUUUCCUUCAUUUACUUAGUCACCCUAAUAUCUAUUAAGUACCCGUAAUGUGCCAGCAGAAUUUUGCAUAAGAUAAUUUGAAAAAUGGCCGCUGCUGUGUAUUGAUAGGGAACUGCCAGAAGUUCAGAAGAGGCCGCAGAAUGAGGGAUAUCAUUGCUGAUGUCAGGUCGAUCCUGGCUGAAAGCAGAGAGUACCAGAAGGAUGUUUACCUGGGUUGUAUCAACUACAGGAAGGCGUUUAGCUCUGUGGAUCAUAACAAAUUAUGGAUGUCGUUGCAAGGAAUAGGAAUUCCAGAACACUUAAUUGUGCUCUUGUGGAACUGUACAUGGAUCAGGGGGCAGUUGUUAGAACUGAACAAGGGGAUACUGCGUGGUUUAAAAUUGGGAAAGGUGUGUGGCAGGGUUGUAUCCUUUCCUUAAUUAGUCCAUCUGUAUGCUGAGCAGAUAAUCCGAGAAGCUGGGCUAUGUGAAGAAUAACGAGUCAUCAGGAUUGGAGUGCGACUCAUUAACAACCUGAGAUAUGCAGGUGACACAACCUUGUUUGCUGAAAGUGAAGAGGACUUGAAGCACUGAUGAAGAUAAAAGACUACAGCCUUCAGUAUGGAUUACAGCUGAACAGAAAGGGAACAAAAAUCCUUACAUCUGGACCAGUAAACAUCAUCAUGGUAAAUGCUGAAGAAAUUGAAGUUUUCAAGGAUUUCAUUUUACUUGGAUCCACAAACAGUGCCCAUAUGGCAGCAGCAGUCAGGAAAUCAAAUGAUUCAUUGUGUUGUGCAAAUCUGCGGCAGAAGACCUCAUCUAAGGAGUCAAGAAGCAAAGAUGUCACUUUGAGGACUUAAGGUGCGCCUGACCCAAACCAUGGCUAUUUUCCAUCGCCUCAUAUGCGUAUGAAAGCGGGACAGUGAAAAAGAAAGGCCGUAGAAGAAUUGACGAGUUUGAGUUGUGAUGUUGGUGAAGAAUAUCAAAUAUACUAUGGACUGCCAGAAGAACGAACAAAUCUGUCUUGGAAGAAAUACAUUCAGAAUGCUCCCCAGAAGCGAGGAUGGAGAGACUUAAUCACACUUGCUUUGGACAUGCCAUCAGGAGGGACCAAGACUAGAGAAAGACAUCGUGUUUGAUUGAGGGUCAGCGAAAAAGAUGGAGACUCUCAAUAAUAUGGACUGACACAUAGCUCCAACAGUGGGCUCAAAUGUAGCAACAAUUGUGAGGAUGGUGCAGGACCAGGCAGUGUUUCAUUCUGUUAUAGAUAAGAUGGCUAUGAGUCAGAGCUGACUUGAUGGCACCACAACAGUGUGCCAACUACUGUUCUAAGGUUUAAAAAACAAUAAAUUACUGUCCUUCUUUUCAUGAAACUUAAAUUCUAGGGGAAUGAAAAGCUAGUUGGGGAGUAAACAUAACAAACUAUCACCAGAAUUCUUUUAAAACCAUGUUCCAGUGCAUCUAAAAAAUAAAGCUUGCACUACAGUGCGUGGGUCUUGUGUAAAACAAAGCGUGCCUGUUUGUGUAAAGCCUUAGUGUUAUAGGUAGGUCCUAGUCAUUGUUUUAAUCUUCUUUUUUUCCACCUGGAAGUCCUCAUUUAUAUAGGUUUUUUCCCCAAAGUUCUAAUUUGGAAAUUAGAACCAUUUUUGUUACAGGAACAAUGCUACAGGUUAUUUAAGAUUUGUAACUAAUUCACAAAGCCUGUUUUACUAAAGUAUACAUAUACAAUAAAAAAUAGAAAUUGUUGCAAUUGGGUGUUAUGUGAUAAUUGAAUGAAACAGAGCAGAACCUAUUGUCUAGUGCUCCCAGACCUGGUGCAGGAGGAAGACGAUAGUUAAGGGAACAUGAAGAAGUAGAUGGAGAUUAACGUGGAAUUUCUGCAAAGGACAUCUUUUGAGGGCUUCAGGGGUUGAUGCACACGUCACACGGAGAUGGGCGUCCAGAAGUUACCUCUCGAAUUGGGCGCUCCGGAGCACGGUGUAGAAACUCCAUAGCUUCCUGUGCAGAUGAGCAGCCUCACAUCGGAAACUACAGACUCUUGAAAACAAUCGGCAAGGGGAAUUUUGCAAAAGUGAAGUUGGCAAGACAUAUCCUUACAGGCAGAGAGGUCGCAAUAAAAAUAAUUGACAAAACUCAGCUGAAUCCAACAAGUCUACAAAAGCUCUUCAGAGAAGUAAGAAUAAUGAAGAUUUUAAACCAUCCAAACAUAGUAAAGUUAUUUGAAGUCAUCGAAACUGAAAAAACCCUCUACCUAAUCAUGGAAUAUGCAAGUGGAGGUGAAGUGUUUGACUAUUUGGUUGCACAUGGAAGAAUGAAGGAAAAAGAAGCAAGAGCUAAAUUUAGACAGAUUGUGUCAGCGGUGCAGUACUGCCACCAGAAGCACAUCGUUCACAGAGACCUCAAGGCUGAAAAUCUAUUGUUAGAUGCUGAUAUGAACAUUAAAAUAGCAGACUUUGGUUUUAGCAAUGAAUUUACUGUUGGCAGUAAACUGGACACGUUUUGUGGCAGUCCUCCAUACGCGGCCCCAGAGCUCUUCCAGGGCAAGAAAUACGAUGGGCCUGAGGUGGACGUGUGGAGCCUGGGCGUCAUUCUCUACACGCUAGUCAGUGGGUCACUUCCUUUCGAUGGACAAAACCUAAAGGAACUGAGAGAGAGAGUAUUAAGAGGGAAAUACAGAAUUCCUUUCUACAUGUCCACAGACUGUGAAAACCUUCUCAAACGUUUCCUGGUGCUAAAUCCAAUUAAACGAGGCACUCUAGAGCAAAUCAUGAAGGACAGGUGGAUCAAUGCAGGGCACGAGGAAGAUGAACUGAAACCAUUCGUGGAGCCCGAGUUAGACAUCUCAGACCAGAAGAGAAUAGAUAUUAUGGUGGGAAUGGGAUAUUCACAAGAAGAAAUUCAAGAAUCUCUUAGUAAAAUGAAAUAUGAUGAAAUCACAGCUACAUAUUUGUUGUUGGGGAGAAAAUCUUCAGAGCUGGAUGCUAGUGACUCCAGUUCUAGCAGCAAUCUCUCACUUGCUAAGGUUAGGCCGAGCAGUGAUCUCAACAACAGCACUGGCCAGUCCCCUCACCACAAGGUGCAGAGAAGUGUCUCCUCAAGCCAGAAGCAGAGGCGGUACAGUGAUCAUGCUGGACCAGCUAUUCCUUCUGUUGUGGCGUAUCCGAAAAGGAGUCAGACCAGCACCGCAGACAGUGACCUCAAAGAAGAUGGAAUUCCUUCCCGGAAACCGAGCAGCAGUGCUGUUGGAGGAAGGGGGAUCGCGCCGGCCAGCCCCAUGCUUGGGAAUGCCAGUAAUCCCAACAAGGCAGAUAUCCCUGAGCGAAAGAAGAGCUCCACAGUCCCUAGCAGUACUACAGCAUCUGGUGGAAUGACGCGACGAAAUACUUACGUUUGUAGUGAAAGAACCACUGCUGAUAGGCACUCAGUCAUUCAGAAUGGCAGAGAAAACAGCGCCAUUCCUGACCAGAGCACUCCAGUUGCUUCAACGCACAGUGUUAGCAGCGCAGCCACCCCUGACCGCAUUCGCUUCCCCAGAGGGACUGCCAGUCGGAGCACUUUCCAUGGCCAGCCCCGGGAGCGGCGGACGGCCACGUAUAACGGUCCCCCUGCCUCACCCAGCCUGUCCCACGAAGCCACACCCUUGUCCCAGACUCGAAGCCGGGGCUCCACUAAUCUUUUUAGUAAAUUAACUUCAAAACUAACAAGGAGAAACAUGUCAUUCAGGUUUAUCAAAAGGCUUCCGACUGAACAUGAGAGGAGCGGGAGAUAUGAGGGCUCCAGUCGCAAUGUAUCUGCCGAGCAGAAGGAUGAAAACAAAGAAGCCAAGCCCCGUUCCCUUCGCUUUACCUGGAGCAUGAAAACCACUAGUUCCAUGGACCCCAGUGACAUGAUGCGGGAGAUCCGCAAAGUCCUGGAUGCCAACAACUGUGACUACGAGCAGAGGGAGCGCUUCCUGCUCUUCUGUGUCCAUGGCGACGGGCGCGCCGAGAGCCUGGUGCAGUGGGAGAUGGAGGUGUGCAAGCUGCCCCGGCUCUCGCUCAACGGGGUCCGCUUCAAGCGGAUAGCAGGGACCUCCAUCGCGUUCAAAAACAUCGCUUCCAAGAUUGCCAACGAGCUAAAGCUGUAAGCAGUAAUUAUGCUGUAAAUGAAGUAGCCAGAUCAAGUGUUUUCCUGAACACUGAGAAAUAUGUAGAACAAUAUUUAGGCAGUAACGUCUGCAUCUUCUAAAUCAUGAUAUUAAAGUCUGAGAAUGAACGCGCGCCCGGGAGCGAGAGCUGGCCUGUGUUCUGUCCAAGCACUACAUUAAAGACGUGUGACACACCGCCCUCCGUCUGGUCUCCGUCGCACCGUGCCUCCUGCCCGCGGGUGAGCGUGGACAGUGCGGGUCAGGGAGUGUGCCUGGGAGAGGCUCCUUACGCCCUCUGCGGGAGAUCAUUUGGUGCUAAGACAUUAAAAUUGCCAAGGAGGAAAAUACUGAAUUACUACUACGCAUUAACCUUAAGCCUUGUUGAUAAUUAAUACAGGUUUACAGUUCAUGACUGUGGUUUUGUGUUUGUUGUUCCGUGGGGUUUUUUUUAGUGCAAAAGGUUAAAAUUUAUAGUUGUGAACAUUGCUUGUGUGUGUUUUUCUAAGUAGAUUCCAAGAUAAUUAAAAAUUCACUUUUUCUCAGUAAAAUCUCGCGUUGUCUCCUAAUACUUGUAUUUAAAACGUAGAUUAAGGCAGUCACUAAAAAUACAUAUUUUUGUCCCCAUCACCCAGCUGCACAGCAGAAGGAAGGUGGACAAAGGCCUAGGGCUGCUUUGUACUUAGCACAGACACCGACGUUUUGAGGUUACAAGGACCCCACCCCCCACCCCCAAAUCCAUCGACAAGAAGCCGGCCCUCCUGCUGACCUGGGAGUAAGGCAGCAGAAUAGGCGCCAGCCCUGGGUAUGCAGAAGCGUGGGGUCUGGUGUCUCUGGGCUUGUUCUCCAUGAAGCUUGUAAUUUUCCUCUCUUGUGAUUCAGUGUGUGAUUCAGUCCCACGGCUUUUUUCCAACACCUCUGGUUAUGCUGAGGGGUGCCGAGCUAGCUCAUCCAUCAGUUUGAUGCUUCACUCUCACGGGGACAUUGUCACGUUGGCUGGUGUGCUAUUUUGGGCUCUGGGUCCUUUUUUCUUGUUCCAAGUAUGAAAGUCUGGACGGUUACUUGUCCAUUCAGCAACUUCGUGGUCUGGUGGGCUGGGCACUGCUCUAGGCAUUUGGGACACGCCCUCUGGAAGCUUACGUUCUGUCAUUGUGGCAGUCAGUAGACAGUAAAUGGUCAGAAAUGGAAGAAGGUGAUAAACAUCACACAGAAAAGGAGCUGGGGGAGGGGUGCCGGGAAAGGGCAGGUCCCCGUGUUCUGUAGGGUGAUCGGGCCCCCUUGCAGAGACUUGGUGGUGAGGGAGCAGCCCAGCAAGUUUCUGAGGAAGAGCCCUUAGCGACGGCGGGUGUCAGGCAGAGACCUGAGCUCGCAGAGGUGACUGCAGCAGGAGGAGUUGUCUGGUGCAUUUAGAUGGGUCACAGGGCUUUGAUUUGAAGGAACACGCCUUUUUACCCUGAAGUCAGGAACUGCUAGGGGUUUCAAAUAGAAAACAGGCCUGGCUUCGGUUGUGUUUUGAUAGAGUUGCCCUGGCAGUUGGGUGAAAGGUUAGCUGUACGGGAGCCAGGAGAGUUGGCAGGAGGUCCUUUGUGGUAGAGCAGGCAGGGCCUGUGCUGGCUUAGCCAGAUUGGGGUGCUGGGGAUGACGGCUGCAUUCCAGACAUGUUUGGAAGUGAGUUAACUACAUUUGUCCUUAAAUUGGAUGUGGGGUGAGCAGCAAAGGGAGGCGCCAAGGAUGACCUAACACUUUUGGGGGAGUCCUUGGGUGGCACAAACAGGUAAGCACUCGACUGCUAGGUUGGUGGUUCAAACCCACCCCAGAGACACUGCAAACGAAAGGCCUGGCAGUCUGCUUCCAAGAGGUCACAGCCUUGAAAACCGUAUGGAGCAGUUCUACUCUGAACACAUGGGGUUGCCACAAGUUGGAAAGGAUAGAAUUGCUGUCGAUUGAACUAGGGAAGGCUGCUGGUAGAAAAGUUGGGGGGUGGGGGGACUCAGGAGCUCAGGUGUGGACACGCUGAGUGUGUGGUGUCUUAGACACCAGGUCAUGCACCGCCACCUCCACCGCCAUCCCCCCCGUCACAUCUUCACCGGAGUCAUUUACUUCCUUCUGCAGAUGCAGUUCCUCUCCAAGUUCUCUAGUGGGGCUCUGUACAAAGCCACGUGCAAAGAUGGGGACUUCCCUGGCCAUUUCUCCUGGUGCUGGCUGGUUUUUACAUCCCCUUACAUGUUGUGACCAAAAGGCAGUCAGUCAAACAGAACAAGGGGAUACUAUGUGGUUUAAAAUUGGAAGAGGUGGCAUCAGGGUUGCGUCCAUUCACACU